UAGCGAAUUGCCUUUUUAGCCGUCAGAAGGAUAAAUGUUCGCAUGUCAAAGCCAUGUGGUCACGAAAAGGAGUUCCAGCGACGAAGGGAGUCGUGCUAUUGGAUUCUAACUCCUGGAAUUAAGCUGCAGGGACCAGUGCUUCUUGCCUACAUCCAGCUGCUGUUUGUGGGUGAAAAAAGAAGAGAGAAGCAGAAGUGGACAUCCAAUCUCGACCAGACGGCAGUUGGCCUCCACACAUUAGAGAGGUACAGGGGGAAGUCAGACAGGGGAGUUGUUUCAGGACUGAUAGCACCAAUUACCACUGACUCCAAUUUCUGUGAAGAUAAUGAAGAGGAACCUCAGUCCUCGCAGUUUCAUCAAAGACUUAUGGACCUCACGGGAAUGGGGACCAGCUAGGAGCUCAGAUCCAGAGAGAGAUUUUCAGGCAGAGAUUGAGGUCAAGCUUGAAGACUACUCUGAACCUGAGACUGAAGACUGUGAUGAUUGGCUGGAGACCAGGGAAUAUCAAUCAGUGUUUCCUGCUUCAUCUGUGAAGACUGAAGAUGAUGAAGAGAUCCCUCAGUCAUCACAGCUUCGUCAAGCACAGACUGAAAAGAUGGAAACAGGAGCUGACGAAGAUGCCUGGAGAGGACCAGGACAAGCCAGGCACUCAAAUCCAGAGAGACAUUUUCAACCAGAGAUACAGAUCAAGAUUGAAGACUCCUCUGAAACUGAGAAUGACAACUUUAUAAACGAGAUGGGUUCGGCUGCAGACAUCCACUCUCAGGCAUGCUCCACUGUCGGGCUUCCUCCACUGUCUCCAUCUGUUUGCUUUGAGACAACAAUGCAUCAUUCUAUUGUGCCUUUUGGCACAGAGCCCGCGUUUGAACAAUGUAAAACUUGCUGCAGGCUUUUCCACUGCCCCAUGUGCCCUAAAUUUAAGCCUGCUAGAAGAAAAAAGCUUGAGAUGCACCUUAAAGUCCACUUAAAGAAUGCUGUUACGUUCCAAGAUAAAAGAAUAUGUAGGUGUAAUUUAAACUGCAGGGAUGCAGGACAUUUUCAUUGCCCUAUGUGUGACAAAACUAUCAUAAAAAAAAGAGACUUCGAGGUACAUCUGGAUUUUUGCCAAACUGCCCUACAAAAAACAUUGGCCUCAGUUGCUCCCCAGUCUGAGCUCAACUCAGACCCUGGUCUACCUGCACCUACUCCUGUUGCAUUGACUAUGUUCACCCAUGGCUCCUCUUCCCCAGCCCAACAAAGCUUAAAGUGCCCAGAGUCAACAGUCUCCCCCUCUCCAGAAACGGCUGCUUCUCCUCCCCAACAACAUGCCAUAUCCUCCUCUGUUGUCUCGACUCAGGAGAAUGAAAGGCCAGUACUGCUUUACAAAAGAGUCAAAUGUCCUCACUGCAAACUCAUUUUAUAUAAGAAAAACGUGAUCAAGCAUAUCCAGAGGAGACAUGAAGUCCAUUCAAAGAAAAUGAAAGCCCAUGAUGAUUUAAAGGGUGUCUGCGUAGAUGCAACAAACGGCAUAUCUGCUGUCCAGAAAGACAUCUUAGGCUCCUCUGAACCCAUUCAUGUCCAAAUGAAAACCUGGGGUCAUGUCCAUAAAGUACAGUGUGAGAUGGAGGAAUGCAGGCAGUUUCACCUAAUGGCUGUGAGAAGUGGAUUAACACUGAGGCACUGCGAACACAUCCGCUCACUGGACCACUGCACAGUAAUAGCUCAUGAAGAAUUUCUUCAGGGAGAAGUCUUGUCUGAAAUGGUGGCGUUAAAAGUGUUUAAUGAGGCGGCAAAGGCAGCCUGUCUGAAAAGACAAAGAAAAGCCCAGGCAUCCCAUGUACCUCUGUGUGUUCCAAUAUCCUUCCAAGAAAACCAAAAGAGGUUUUAUUUUUCUAUCCAUGAGCCAACUGUUAACCACUAUAGCCGCCUUGGGAGGGUCAUGGUGACUUACACUUUAGAAGACAACACAUGGCAUUGUCCCUGUGCCAAACCAAGAAUCUCAUGUGUGCACAAGAACAUCAGCAAAUGGCAUUUAUUCCAAACAAAGCAGGACAUGUUUGAAAUGGAGACCGCCAGUGCGGGUGCACCACAAGAGCACCAGGGUCCUGCCUAUCCACCAAUGGAUGAAGACUUAAGGCGGCUCGUGCAGUACAUAUAUAAACAUAAGAAGCUUCCAGCGAAACUCCCAGAUGACCUUGUGAAGCCAAAGGCCUUGAUCAACUAUCUAACCGAGUUGCAACCAACAGAAACGUUCUGUGCAAUCUGUCCUGGGUGUGUUCUUCUUGAGAAGCCUGCAAGGAUCACUAAGAAAGCCAAGAUAAUCACCAUGAGCGGUGUGAUUAAAAAUGUUUCAACCUAUUUCCGGUCUUGUCCAAAGUGCCACAUGGUCUACAGAUACCAAGAGUGGAAAGAUGGUCUUCACAACUUUGAUGAUCAUAUCCUGUUAAACCUCGACUUGUGCUUGUAUUUAAGACACAAUCUGCAGAACAAUGUGUCUGUGUCUCAGGUGAUGAGCUCACUGGAAAGCCUUAGGAAAGUAGAAUUUCCCUCUCCAGAGACCAUCCUCCAUGCCUACUGCCACUUCGAGGCGUUGACGAGCCAUGAGUAUUCUUUUUCGUGUGUCUGCUGCGGCUACUAUCCACCUGUAGUAAUGAUGGACCAGCACAAGAAAGGAGUCUCCCACUCACCUGUAAAUGAUGAAAUCAAAUCCUCUGAGAACUUCACUGGAGAAGUCAACGUUGAAGAGUUCUGGGAUUCUGUUCAGAUGGAGAUGAUCUCCCGUGGAUUUUUCCCAAGUCAGGCUAAAAACCCCUUUGCUUUAAAUCCUUGUUCUGAGCACUGGGGCCCAUGGAUUGGGAGGAAUACACGCAAAUCUGAGGUGGUGUUUAACACAGAGUCUGAAAAAGUCUCAAAGUUCUCCACUGAAGCAGAAGUCAGCAUGGUGUCAGAGGAGUUCUGUGUUGAUGAGCUCAUGAAGCAGAAGGCUUCACCUGAGAGAAACCUGCACAAGGUCUUCAUUUUGGAUACAAAGAGAUCAUCUGGUGGGUGGUCAGUGAUCCAGUGCCCUCAUGGUGUGGUCUACAGUUUAAAGUUCAGCUCAAGGCUGGACCCUCCAAGGGAUUUUGCAGAUCUUCUUCUGUCCUGGAAGCAUCUACCAAAUGUCUCGCUCUGUGAUUUUGCUCUGGACUUAGCGACUCAUGUCAACCUGCGUUCUCCAUCCUCACUGCCCUUCAAACCACAUGAUGGCAGACUGGCUGCAUCCACCGAAGAGAACAUCACAGCAGCACAGAAGAGAAAACUCAGAAUCUCUCUACCAUGGCUGAAUAAAAUGUCAAAAAAUCCUGAUGAGGAUGGACAUCCUCUCACUGGUUCCUCUGACCACUAUGCCUUGUAUGGCAAAUUCAACAAGGCCAACACCAAAGAUCCACAGGAGGUCUUAAGGGGCACCAGCCUUGUCCCUGAACUUCAAAGUUCAUUGAAUCGUGAGGCAGCCAAAGGGCUUCUUUCAAGCAUGCACAAAAACAGCUACUUCCUUAAUAGCAUGGCACCAUCGACCCACAUUUUCAUGAUGAGAAACCUUGUUCACCUCAGAAACAACGACACAAAUGCAAAGCUUUUGGAGGAAGUUCUACAGAGCGGAGAUGUGGCGCAUCGUUUGCAGGAUAUCACUCUGAACGACUUUGGACAAGCAGUUCUUGGUACAUAUGACAUCAAAGAAAUUGAUUUUGUUUUCAGUUAAUGCUUUGGUUAUAUAGUUAUGAUUUCUUGGAGCCAUAGGACCAGCACCUUUUGAGAAGUCUGUACAGCAACAGUCCCAUCAGCUGGGACAUCUCUGCAACCACAAGGACUUCCCUUUCACCAAAACAAAUGUGUAUUAGAAGUCUAAAACAGCAUGCCUUUGGCAGAACUAACGGCUCUAACGGCUGGAUUUUAUCAGCAAAUUGAAGUCAUUAAAAAAUGGGCAGUUGAUCUGACCAGGCCUGCUCAAUGGUUUUGAGUCCUUUGCUUGUUUAAAUCUGGCAAAAAAACAACUUUUUCCAUUAACCAUGCAACUCCUUUGUCCCUACCAUUUCCCCCCAUUUGCUUUCAAACAGGUUGGUUAUGAUCUCUUAACUCCUACAGAAUUGGGUACAUGGUGAAGUCAACUGAUUGAAGAUGGUAGAAGAGGAGUUGCAGAGGCUGUGCAGCAGUUUGGAAAAACAUUGGGUUUGAGGUUUAUUUUAGGCAUUUUUGUGCCUUUAUUUGAUAGAGGAGGACAGUGGGUAGAGUGGGAAACAGGGACGAGAGCCGGGGAGAGACAUGUGGUAAAGGGCCAGAUUCGAACCUGGGCUGUCUGCAUACAUGGGGCGUGCCUUAACCACUCGGCCACCUGCAUCCUUAAAAACACUGGGUAUAAGAAAACAAGAGAGGGCUUUGACAGAUAAAAUCAUGUUCACAUUUGCCUUAGAUCUGCAGGAGAUUCACUC